CUGAGGGAGAGAACGAACACCCCUGAAGAGAGCGAAUAUUCGCGAGACUGCAGGGUGUUCUUUGUUAUGGUUGAUAGGCACUCUAGAUGACAGUGAGCGCUUCCGCAUCGACCCGUAGCGUGCUGUCAUUGCGGGAGAAUGAAUAACGCAAAAUGUAGCAUAUUAAAUCAAAUACCAAGGAGACGAACACGGAUUAUACAAUGUAUCUAUGUGGUGGGGUUCAUGGACCUGUUUGCGGUGAGCAUGAUCAUUCCCCUGCUGAGUCACCAUGUCAAGGCACUGGGGGCCAGCCCCACCAUGGCAGGCUUAGUAGGCUCCACAUAUGGGAUCCUACAACUCUUCUCCAGCACUAUAGUUGGCAGCUGGAGUGACGUGGUCGGGAGGCGGUACUCUAUGCUGAUGUGUCUGCUGCUGAGUGCUCUGGGCUACUGCUUGCUGGGGAUGUCCACCAGCAUCACCCUGUUUCUCCUGGCUAGGAUCCCUGUGGGGCUGUUCAAGCACUCCCUGUCCAUCUGCCGGGCCCUGCUGUCUGAUCUGGUGUCUGAGGUGGAGCGCCCCCUAGUGAUGGGACACUUCAACGUGGCCUCCAGCAUGGGCUUCAUCUUGGGACCCGUGGUGGGGGGCUACCUCACUGAACAUGAGGGAGGCUUCUACAUCUCAUCCUUCACCUGUGCCGCCAUCUUCCUCCUCAACGCAGGUCUAGUUCGGCUGCUUCCCUGGAGCGAUGCACUAACCCUACGCACCGAUGCUAACUCCGACAGCAGCGCUAGCAAUGCCAGCUGCCACGACAACGACAACCACUUCACCUCAACACAGCAAAACUGCUCCCAAGGCAACAGCAACAACCAAACUACAGCUUCGGCGGCAGCGGUCACGGGAUCGGUGGCUCCAGAGAAGAACCAGAGGAGCUGGAGCUGGGACCUGGACUGGGGGGAGGAGUCCCUGCUCCCUUCUGCCUGGCGUCAGCUCUCUUCGGUGGGCUCCAAGAUUAGCAGUGUGGCCUCCUCGGACAUGUGGGACCUGUUCCUGGUGCGUCUGCUCAUGGCCAUGGCCAUAAUGCUGUACUACAGUAACUUCUCCCUGGCCAUGGAGGAGCGCUUCAUGCUGAAGCCCAAGGCCACAGGUUAUCUAAUCAGCUACAGCUCUACCCUGGGGGCCCUAGCCGGGUUCUUGGUGGGACCCAUCACUAAACUGUACGGUAACAAAAUGUCGGCACUGUUGCUACACUCUUCGGUCGUCACGUGUUGCCUGAUCCUGCUCUACGCCGCAGCGUCCAGUGUCUGGCACGUGUUGUUAAGUUCCACUUUCAUCGCCAUCUCUACAACCAUCGGACGCACCUGCAUCACUGACCUGGUACUGCAGAAAGGGGGCACUCACGCCAGCGGCACACUCAUCGGGGCGGGGCAGUCAGUGACCGCGGUGGGGCGCGUGCUCGCCCCCCUGCUCUCGGGGCUGGCCCAGGAGUUUAGUCCCUGUGGGCCCCCGAUUCUGGGGGUAGGGUUGGCGUUAGCGGCUGUCGUCCUGCUGCUGGUCAGGGUGCCAAAAUGGGACGGGAGGGGCAAGAGGAAAGAUGCAUAACUCUAAGUCACACACAGUGAGAGAGGGAAUGAAUGAGAGAGUGAAUGAAUGAGAGAGGGAGUGAGAUCAAAACUACCACAGCACUGGAGACAGAACUGAUGCAGAACUGUUGGGGUUGGUUUUUGUUGACGUGUCAGCUGGGUGUUGUUUCAUUGUUUGUUUUUUUAGCUGUCGAUGACAGAGCCACAACUCCAGCUCUGUUGGUUGGGUCUCGAUGUGAUGACAUCACAGCACCGAUAGGACCCAGGUCAUCAUCAGCAUCGCUCUUCUCCCCCUUUCAGUCCCCCAAACAGAUCAGGUCAUCAUCAGCAUGGCUAUUCCCCACUUCAGUCCCCCAAACACAGGCGAAUGCAAAACGUUCAGUGUUGCCAAGGCGACCGUGAACAAAGCCAGCAACCCUCUGUAAAAGUCAUGGGAAGUUGUCCAUGCUAAGUUAGCUUAGCGUAGGUCAACAGCAUGUCAGUGGCUCAUUAGGUUCUUAUAACCUAGAAAUAUUCAAAUGUUUAUGUCUCUAGUGAGAGGCACUAAUUCAAUUAAAAACAACAACAUAUAAGUCUAAUGUUACUCUAAUGUAAUCCUGCUCUUCCUUAAUAACCACUACAAAUAGUCCAGGAAAGUAUUGGUACUGAAAAUGCUAAUUUCCCCAAAUGCUCUGUUUCUGACCUAUCUUAUGAGGGUGGACAGCAGGUGAAGGGGCUCCUCUUUCCUCCUCUGGCGCCACAUUCUAUUUUCUCCACAUUCUAUUUUCUCACAUUCUAUUUUCUCACAAAAGUGUGCACUCCGUCACCCUCCCUUAAGGGUUGAACAUAUUUAGUGUGAAUACAGCCACACCAAUCCAGUGCUUUUGAAUCCUUUUGGGUGAGUGAUCUAGUACACACUGGGGAAACGGAUCAGAACUUUAACUGAGCUUGAGUACUGGUUGUCCACAGACACAUAUCUAGGAUUCAUUUACCCUUUCUAAAUCCUAACCCUAACCAUGUGUGGGGAAGUAAAACACAUUUUCCAAGGAUCUUAGGUCGGUGUCUGUGGGUAACGUCAUCCUACUUCCUUUUAACCACUACGGUAUCAGGGCCUUUUCAAAGGAAAUGUUUACUUUUAUAAAAAUAUAUCAUGUAUUUUCAUUUUAUAUUAUUUUCCCUUAUUGAGUUUAUUCCAAUUCAGAAAUGUACUGUUAAUUAUUAUUUUGAUAUGAAUUAUCUUAUUUUGAAUGGAGUUGCCCUUACACUGACCCAAAUGCUACUGAAUGUUAUGAAGACAAUUAUUGUACUGAAUGAUUCAUAUAAAGGAAGUAAAGAUCAUACCAUUUGACAAUAAAGUAAGUAUAUUCCUAAA